AUGGGUUCGUCCAGCCGACCCGCGCCCACACUCCAUUUGCCUCUUCGCCACUCGCGAUACAUCGCCACGUCGCCAACUCGACAACCUCAGGCAUCAACACGAGCUCUCGAGAUCUGGGGCUGCUUAGGUCAUCAUUUCUCUUAUCGCAAUCAAGAGAUUCCUCAGAAUCGCGGCAUCUUUACCUCAUCACCAUGUGAGCAGUCGCCCGGGAUGCCCGCAUACUUCUACCAUCUUAGUCUCGAAGUCCUGCGCAGCUCUCACCCUCCCAAAUCCGCGGCUGCCGCUUCAUCGCUGGCCCUGGACUCUGCAUGGGAAGCUCUGCUCCCGUUCCAGAAGCGGGCCCGGCCUUCACCUUCAAUUCCCACUCCCACGUCUGGCAGGGGUGAUUCCCUCGCGCAAUUCACGCAGGCACACACGCAUACACCGGGGAAGGAAAUCAUUCUUGAACGCCGGUUUAAAAACGCUCACGCUUCUUCCUCGGAGGAUUCUUCUGGCUACGGUGCACAACAUUCGCCUUCGUCUUCGCUUCCCGCAAACUACCCCUCUACCUCGCCUAACACCCCCUCCGAUCUCCAAAACGACAUUCGCGCUGGAGCUAUCCUCAUUGAGUGUAUCGAUAUGGUGCUACCUGAUGAUUUAUCUGCGAAGCGGACGCAAAAACGUGGGAGUACUGCGGUCCCUGCGGGCAAUGGAGAUAACCUUGUGGCUGCGGGUAUUGGCACUGAUAUCCUAGGCGGACUGCGCACGAAGGGUCGCUAUAUCCCUCUUGAUCAGGAAGUCGGUGAGAGUGUCUGGGGUAUUGUCCAUUUGUACCGCGAUGUCCAGGAAUCUCCAUACCUUGCCGGGAACGAAGACGAUUACCCGACCUACCUCAAAGGUUCAGCCGCCGCGGCAAGACACCCAAGUGAGCAGCAGUUCGGCGGUGCGAGUCGCGCACAAAGUCAUGUUCCAGGGAAGAGCUCUGCAGACCUUGAUGCGUACCCGUUCCCUGUGACGGUUUCAUCGUCUGGCAAAGAGGAUGAGUGCACUACGUUGUGUAUUUUGGCUGUGCCGAGUUACUUGUCACCACCGGACUUUUUGGGGUAUGUGGGUCAGAAGACGAUGGAUGAUGUGAGCCAUUUUCGGAUGAUUCGUACGCCACGUGCCAAUCGGUACAUGGUUUUGAUGAAGUUUCGGAGUGGAGGAAAGGCGAAGGCAUGGCAAAAGGAGUGGAACGGGAAGGUUUUUAGUAGCAUCGAGCCCGAGACUUGCCAUGUGGUAUUCGUGAAAUCGGUCGAGAUUCAGGUUGUCGAGCCCGACUCGCCAUCAACUUUCCCAUCCGCCGACGUCGGUCCCCUUUCGCCUUCUCAUAAACACCCCGUGUCAUCCGCUGGCCAGGCCAAACUCUCUACCAAACCACUCGCACCACCUACACCCGCCUUGAUCGAACUCCCGACCUGCCCCGUAUGCCUCGAACGGAUGGACGAAACAACGGGCCUUCUCACAAUCAUCUGUCAACACGUUUUCCACUGUACAUGUCUUCAGAAUUGGAAAGGUAGUGGAUGUCCUAUCUGUCGGUACACCCAAGCCGAUUCCCGCAAGGGUACUGCAUCCACAGAUAGCGACGAGGAGCCCGCCGAGUGCAGCGUUUGCCACACCGACGUCAAUCUCUGGGCUUGUCUGAUCUGCGGCUCUGUAGGCUGUGGCCGAUACGAUGGCGCUCACGCCUUUGAUCACUGGAAACAGACCGCCCAUGCCUUUGCCAUAGACCUCAACUCCCAGCGUGUCUGGGACUACGUCGGCGACGCGUAUGUGCAUCGCAUCAUCCAGAGCAAAACCGACGGCAAGCUGGUCGAGCUCCCUGCGGCUGACAACUCAGCCCUCGAUCCGCCGGAUUGGGGUGACGCCGUACCGCGUGAGAAACUCGAGAACAUGAGCGUCGAGUACACGCACCUCCUCACCUCACAGCUGGAAAGCCAACGCGCUUACUUUGAGGAGAUUGUCGAGCGGGCCGCAGACAAGGCCUCGCAGGCUAGUGCCGCCGCUGCAUCGGCAGAACAAGCUGCGAGCGAGGCAAUCGCUCGUCUCGCAGAGAUACAGGCCCAAUACGAGACUCUCUCGUCCGACUCCAUCCCUAGCAUGGAGCGCGAGCAAGGCCGUCUCGAGAAACGAGCUGAUAAGUUCGAAGCUCUGGCGCGCCGCAUGGAGAAAGAUUACCGUGAAGAGAAGACUAUCAAUACCAGUCUGAUGGAGAGACUGGAACAUAUGACGACGGAGAAUGCGUCGCUGAAGGGUAACCUUGAUACCUUGAAGGCGGAGAUUGUGGAUUUGCAGGAGCAGAAUCGCGAUCUUACGUUCUUUAUUAGUGGGAGUCAGAAGUUGCAGGGUGCUGGAGAGGACAUUGAACAGGGUACUGUGAGUGUACCUGAUCCCCCCGCAGAGGCGGCGAAGAAGAAGAGGAAUCGUGGGAAGGGGAGGAAGUAG